AUGCGCUCAACGCUAUACCCUAUUAAAGGUAUGGCCAGUGGUGUGGAGGAGUGCACAGAGAGUGAGUCCGUGUCGACAGUGAUGUGCCGUCUCGUCGACUCACAACACGUGGACGCAGUGCUCGACUCACAGACCAAUAUGUUGUCGAUGUAUGAGAAGAGCAAUGAAAUGCUGGUCAACUGUAACGCACUGGCAGUGCAUCGAUUCACCCACACCUCAGUCGCUGUGCAGCGAUAUGUGCAACAGUUGACUGAUCUCCGCAAAGACCUCGACUCAGUCUACCAUCGGAUCAAAUUCAUGAAACUUAAACUCAGUCAACAGUACUCUCACGCAUUCAAAGGUGUGUCCCUUUCCAUCACUAUUGAUGUCUCUUGCGGUAAUGUUUGCAACCGAUUGGACGAAGAAGAAGAGACCGCCGAUGAUAUCAAAAAUGUUAAAAUAAGAGACGAGUAA